CCCGUGCUGCAGGUGUUCUUCCCGUUCAGCAUCCAGCUGUACCCGCGCGAGUUCCCCGGGCACGACCCCCGCGACUGCCCCCGCGACGUGGGCAAGGCGGCGGCGCUGCGCCUGGGCUGCAUCAACGCCGAGUACCCCGACUCGUUCUACCGCGAGGCUCGCUUCUCCCAGACCAAGCACCACUGGUGGUGGAAGCUGCACUUCGUCUGGGAGCGCGUGCGGGCGCUGCGGGAGCACUCGGGGCCCGUCCUGUUCCUCGAGGAGGAUCAUUACUUGGCCCCCGACUUCUACCACGUCCUCAAGAAGCUGUGGGCGCUGCGGGAGAGGGAGUGCCCCGAGUGCCAGGUGGUGUCCCUGGGCACAUACAGCCCCGUCCGCGGGGGCUUCGCCGGCCGCGCCGACAAGGUGGAGAUGAAGACGUGGAAGUCCACGGAGCACAACAUGGGCAUGGCCUUCGGCAGAGACACCUACCAGAAGCUCAUCGAGUGCACGGAUGCCUUCUGCACCUACGAUGACUACAACUGGGACUGGACUCUGCAGCACUUGACUGUGUCUUGUCUUCCAAAGUUCUGGAAAGUGCUGGUUCCCGAGAUCCCCAGGAUUUUUCACACGGGGGACUGUGGCAUGCACCACAAGAAAUCCUGCAGACCGUCCACCCAGAGUGCCAAAAUCGACUCUCUCUUGAACAGCAACCAACAGUACCUGUUCCCCGAAACCAUGAGUGUCAGUAAAAGGUACUCCAUGGCUCCCCUGUCCCCUCACGUGAAGAACGGAGGGUGGGGAGACAUCAGGGACCACGAGCUCUGUAAGAGCUACCGCAGACUCCAGUGAGGAUCCUCCUCAAAGCCUUCUUUUUUCUCUCUUGACUUGUUCCAUUCUGUCUUUUACAGGCACACACGUGUAUAAACAGCAUUUAUGAGUUGGUUUCUGCUUUAAUAUGAAUAAACAUUCUUGUUCAAGGUGUCCCAAAA